AUGACUUGGUCCGUUACCAAACUUAGUGUCAAAGCGAACACGUCCGAUGGUGUCGCUGACAGGCUCUACGCAAACGGGAACAUGCAAGUUCCCGUCGAUGUAGUUAUCACGGCUGUAAACGCUGAUGAGAAGCCAUACUACCUUUCUGAUUCGGAACUAGCUACCAUUAAGCUUGUCGACUAUAACAAUGUCGAUUCCCAGCUAUCCGGAAAAUGGAAGUACACCCACCAGGAAAACGAGUAUGGUCAUAUCAUGGACGGGGCCGGUGGAUUUGCGAGCAGCGGCGGCGGAUCGGGAGCGAGUACACAUGCCUCCGGCCAUUCAAGCGUCCAGACCAAGCGUUACUGGGUCAGCACGACUACCAUCGAAAAUCAAAAGAUCGGUGCCGCCAUCACAGAGCCCAACGGCAACUACUACAACACCCACAGCAAAGACGAAAAUAACUUUGUUAUAUUGACGGGAAUCUCCCCAAUUACCUAUAACACUAGCAAUGUCAAAGUUACUCGCGACGAAAACGACACUACCACCGGGAUGUAUAACCUCAGUUACGAUAUGCAAGUCAUGCAUGUCAAACUGAGUCCCACAGUGGGCACAAGCUGGAAGGCCCAAAAUUACCAACUUUCUCUCAAUCAGGGUUUGAUCAAAAAGGCCGAAAUAUACGGCUACCACUCUAGUGCGGAUGCUUUGAACUACUCUAUCAAAUUAAGCCCUUCAAGUGCUGGGGAGUUAAGCAUCUUCUAUAUGUGGCCCUUAGGUUCUGAGGAAAAUAGAAAGGUCGGCUUGGAUGUCAGCAAAAACGUAUCGCCUCAAAUUCCCCGGUUCAACCUAAACGGUACUGUUACUGUUCCGACGAACAAUCGCCGUGGAUCGGUAUGCUUUACACGAGUCCAUUAUUCACCCAUCAAUGGGUUUCCGGCACCAUUUUCAUGGUGGGGCAGUGAGACUACUGAGAAAGCGGGCUGUAAAAUUUAUGAUGAAUGGGGUAAUUGGGGUCAGUUCAAGAUUGGUUACGGGGGAAGCUCGAACGACCAGCAUGUGAUCGUUACCGACACCAACGCAUAA